AGGCUUAUAGGCGGGCUUACACAGCUCUCCCUAUAGUAGGAGAGGGGAGGUCUAGCUUGGCUGGAGCACAUGUCCUCUGCUUGCUGUUUAAGGAGAAGUAUUUCAGGUUAAUAAUCUUUCACUCAAAGCAAAGCAAGGCAGCUUUCAUCUGGAAAUACCUGAAAGAAAGUGUCAGCUCCUGAGCAGAACUACAGAUCAGGGCUCAUUUGUUUUUGGUUACCUAAGCAUCAUCUGUCUUUAUCCAGUUCAUAGAACAUACAUUAAGAUGUGGCUAUCUGCUGUCACUGUUUUGCUGGUGGCUGUCGGGAGCUUUGAUGUGGCUCUGGCACAAAGUCGUAAAGCUGUGGAGAAUGCAGGAAAGAAGCAAUAUCAGGUGCAGCAUGGGGCAUGCAGCUAUACCUUUCUGCUGCCAGAGGUGGACAGCUGCCGCUCAGCCCCUGCCAAUCCUCACGUGUCAAACUCUGUGCAAAGGGAUGCCCCACUGGACUAUGAUGACUCUGUGCAGAGACUUCAGCUACUGGAGAACAUCAUGGAGAACAACACACAGUGGAUUCUGAAGCUUGAGACAUACAUUCAAGACAAUAUGAAAAAGGAAAUGGUAGAGAUGCAGAAGAAUGCAGUGCAAAACCAUACAGCUAUCAUGAUAGAGAUAGGGACAAACCUGCUGAACCAAACUGCAGAGCAAACUAGAAAACUCACAGAUGUUGAAGCCCAGGUAUUCAACCAAACGAGUCGCCUGGAGCUUCAGCUAUUGGAACAUUCUUUUUCAACAAAUAAACUUGAAAGACAAAUAUCUGAUCAAACAAAUGAGAUAACAAAGUUACAAGACAAAAACAGUGAUUUAGAAAAUAAAGUGUCUAAUAUGGAGGAUAAGCACAACCAGCAACUCCAGUCAAUGAAAGAAGAAAAAGAUAAGCUGCAAACCUUAGUACUCAGACAAAAUUCUAUCAUAGAGGAUUUAGAGAAGCAACUGAUGACAGCAUCUGUAAAUAACUCUCUACUGCAGAAACAACAGCAUGACUUGAUGCAGACUGUGCACAACCUGCUAACAUGGAUGACACCACAAACAGCACCAAGAUCAUCGUUUGUUGCUAAAGAAGAACAGUUAGCUUUUAAAGACUGCGCAGAAGCCUAUAAAUCAGGAAUGACAUCAAAUGGCAUUUAUACAUUGACAAUACAAAAUACAACAGAACAAGUCAAGACAUACUGUGACAUGAAAACUGGAGGAGGUGGCUGGACUGUUAUUCAGAAACGCUUUGAUGGCAGUGUUGACUUUCACAGAACAUGGAAAGAGUACAAAAAGGGUUUUGGUGAUCCUUCAGGAGAAUACUGGUUGGGAAAUGAAGUAGUCUCCCAACUUACAAAUAUGCAGCGAUAUGUUCUCAAGAUCCAGCUGAAAGACUGGGAAGGAAAUGAGGCUUAUUCGCUAUAUGACCAAUUUUACUUAGGAACAGAAACACAGAAAUAUAGGAUUCACCUCAAAGGAUAUACUGGGACAGCGGGCAAAAUAAACAGCAUAAGCCAACCAGGAAAUGAUUUUAGCACAAAGGAUGCAGACAAUGACAAAUGCAUUUGCAAAUGCUCACAAAUGGCGACAGGAGGUUGGUGGUUUGAUGCCUGUGGUCCUUCAAACUUGAAUGGAAUGUACUAUUCACUGGGGCAAAAUACAAACAAAUUCAAUGGAAUCAAAUGGUACUAUUGGAAAGGAUCAGGGUACUCCUUGAAAGCUACAACAAUGAUGAUUCGACCUGUUGACUUUUAACCAUCACAAUAACAUUUGGCUUAUUGUGAAAUACAGACAAUUACCAGAACACUGGAAAAUAUCUUAAGUGCCUCCAUAUUUUUUUUAAAAGGAACACUAUGGAACCAUACUCUGGAUAGUGGACCACUUUUGAGCUCUGCACAGUAUUAAGAUAAAUAAAUGUAAGGAUUCCAAGAAAAAAAAAAAAAAA